CAUGUGAUUCCUCUUUGUUCAAAACAAAUGACGUCAUAAAGGAAAACAUUGAGCUGUUUAUACGUCAGAGUAUAGCAGACAGGCUCAUAGAUGAGUAUCAAUUUUUAAUGUUGUGCAUACCUUUUUAGCUAGUCAUGCCGUGGUAUGAAUCUUGGUCCGAAAGCAUUAAAAAGCGAGCUUGUAGGUAUUUGUUGCAAAGAUAUCUCGGACAAUUCUUAGAAGAAAAACUGACCUUGGAUCAGCUGACUGUGGAUUUAUACAAUGGGACAGGCACAGUUUGUGAAGUCAGAUUGGAUGUGCAGGCACUCAAUGAACUGGGAGAGCAGCAGAACCUCCCAGUUGAAUUUGUUGAUGGCUUUGUGGAGCAAAUGUCUGUUUCAAUCCCAUGGUCAUCACUUCUCAGCAGUUCAAGCUACGUAGAAGUUUCUGGCUUGGUUCUGACAAUUCAGCCAAAACAGCGUGCUGAUUCUGGUACGUCCAUGUUCGAAUCAAUGUGGAGCAGCAUGACAAGCAGCAUGCAGUUAGCUGAAGAAUGUCUGAAACAAGCGUCUCCAGAUGGAAAAAGUACAGACGAAGCUCAACCACUUGAAGGGCUGGAACUGUUCGCUCAGACAAUUGAUUCAAUACUGAGCCGUGUGAAAGUGAAGUUUCUUUCUACUGUCAUAAGACUUGAACAUGUUCCAAAAGAAAGCAGUUCUGGUGUGGCUCUUGAAAUUAGGAUCAAAAACAUGGACUACUGUGAUGAGGCAGGUACUGAUCCACCAACACCCCCAAUGGGUGACACCCAGCUGCAGCAAGCUAACAAGCUUUAUCAAGUUGCCGCCUUUACAACAAAGAAGUUUUAUUUGGAAGGUGUUUCAUUAUAUACAGAUGAAUUUCCCUCCCAAGCUAGGACAUUUUCUCGAUCUGUAAUGUCAUCGUCAACAAGUUCCACGCCAGAAUCCAAGAAUUCAGAUUACAAUUUUGGAACAGCUCCUGUCACACCAUCAUCAUCAUCUCCAGUGUCACCUCUGCAAACAAUUCCACCAGCUGUUGCUGCAGAUGACCACACUCAGCACAGAAAUCUGUCUGUGGAACCUGAUCCAGUACUUUUUGCUAAACUGGCAGGGCGGCAAGAAUUGCGUGUCAAACUUAAGCAAGCAGAAGGAGUACCUGGACCAAAAGUUGAUCUGGAACUGACUCUCGGUUCAUUGUCUUUAUUUAUAUCUCCAAGGCAAUUCCAUGUACUUCUGGAGCUGUUGCAUGGUCUGUCCACACCUGAUCUUGAAGACACCAGCAAUGUUGCACCUCGUUCUCGCUGUGUUGAGAAACCGAUGGAUCCAGCAGAUUUUCACCGUGUAGAGCAAGAACUACAACAACAGCUGCAUCCCCAGUCGUCCCUUGGCGACAAGGGGUUGCAACAUACACAAGGAUGGUCCACUGCGUCACUAGAUGACAGCGAUGAAGAAUUCUUGCCAAUGCGUGGAACAGCCAUGACUGAGAGUAUGCUGUCAGAUGCUGGGAGUAUGGAUGCAUCUCUCUCCUCUUCUGUGAGCAGUACAAGCAGUGCCAGCAAAUCCACUUCUGUCUCAUCCCCUACCAGAAGGCUGGCUGGAUUUGGUGGAUCACAUGGAACACAGAGUCCCUCUUUUCAGCAGAAUGUGUCAUCACGACCUAAGAAGAAAUCGCAUAAGGGUUCAGUUACAUCCACACUGGAAUCUGACCCAUCAGCUGAAGUUAGUCACUUUCACAUUCGGAUGAGCAGCCUGGCAGUAGUUCUGUUGCACGAGGAUGUGCUGACCGUUUGUGUUGAUAGUGAUGGAAGCAUGUUAGCACGGUCUUCAGUGCAGCAGAUGAAAACUAUUGCCAAUGAUUUCUUCUCUGAACUUGGUCUCUUUGCUGUAUCUGGUUAUGGUCGCAAAGACUUUAAGGAGGCUCGGGAUGUUUUCCUGAAAGCAUGCCAACUGAACCACAUCAGGCUUUUGGCGGCUCCUGUUAUAAUUGAAGGCAAUGAAAGAACAACAACACAAGCAAGUUCUGUGGCAGGUACCCUCACAGCUGCAAGUCUUGAGGUUCUCGAGUGUCUUAUAGACAAGAAGACACCUUCACAAAGAGCAAAUGUGGAAUAUGUUGAGUUGUUGCGGUUUUUACGAUGCACUGAUGCAGAAGAAGGACCGAAUACUUUCCCACUUCAUUCUCAACCUGACUUGAAGUUAGUUUUCAAGUACACAGAGAAAGCAAUUAACCAUGGCCAGCUGAGGCAUUAUACACAUCCACGUACUGAUCUCAAAUUCACACUUGAGAAAUGUGCAUCAGAGAUAGAUAUUUCAAUUGUGGAUCGUAUUACUGCCGUGCUGAACCCUCAGCCAUUGUGUCGUCGAAGUACAUCUAAAUAUGGAAUGGGAUCUGGUGCAGUUAAAGACCUAAUGACUCAACAGACAUGUUUUUAUCAGGCUGUUGAAAGUUCUUCACUAGCAGAUAGCAAAACAGAAAUAAAGGUGUCAUCAUCACUUUUAAAAAUGAAUUUAAGAUUUCCCACUCCUGACCUUCGGCCUAUACAUGACAUGGAUCGUCCACCCUGGUGGAAACGCUCUGUGAGAAAGGAUAUUCUCAUAUUUGAGUUGGAGGAUGUAUCUUUCCACACAAUGAUCACUAGUCGUGAUCCGACUAUAAGAUAUGAGUUCCAGUGCAGAGAUGUGAAAGGUCUUUUCCAGGAGGCAGACACUGAUGUUUCUCUUCCUUUUCUCCGUGCCUCUUGUGAUGAUAGAAAUGGGAAUUCUUUGCCAGAUGGAGGAAAGGGAUUUGGUUGGCCAAGGAUUGUGAUUGUGGUAUAUCCUGUGAAUAGUCCUGGAGAUCUGGAUGACAUUGGAGAGAAUGAAGUGCUAGAGGAUUCAAUGCCUCAUUCUACAUUUGAACCUUUAGAAAAAGCAACAUCAAAAGAGCCAUCACCUUUUAGUUCCAAAAAAGUAAUUCACGAAAGUGACACACCACAUGGAAGAUCUGUUAACAAUACAGAAGGAGAUGGUGAAGAAUUAGUUAUUCCAGGUGACAAACAUGAAAUGGCUGAGUUCAUUGAACAUGCUUCACGAAACUGCCGGGUGCAACUUGAGAUAAAUCUUCCAUGUGCCAGUAUGCAGAUUUCCUCAAAACACCUAUAUGAACUGAUAUACAACAGGAUUAACACAGAUAUGUUUCUGUGGGAGCCAUCUGCACCGAAACCUUCACAUACAGACUUGUAUUCUGGGAAAGGAUCAGGAGGUGCUGACUUGUCUUCAGCUUUGUUGCAAGAUCAGACUUAUCCUACUUUCAGUUUAUGCAAGUCUGGAAUUCAAUAUGAUUCUGAUACCGAUUCAGAAGAAACUGAGGGAAUAUAUUAUUCAGUAUACGAACAUCGCCAGAGACAGAAACGGCGUCAACAGACUGAGGGUGCAAGUCUUUCUGGACAGUCUCUUGUUGCUGUCACUCUGUCUGUUAGUCAGGGUAUACUGAAUGUCUUUGCACCUGUCAGGGAUUCCUCAGGGAAUGUUAUUCCUGGACAGCAUGGGGAGUUGGAAAUUCAUUUUGAAGAUGGCAAUAUGUUUUCUGUUUCUGGGUAUCGAGGAAAGACUGGCUUAGGAUAUGUUUGCCUUCAGGUCAACCAGGCAACAUUUUAUCACAGUGGUUUAGUACGGACACCUACAAUUGCACCACCUCUCAGAAUGUACGGAUCACCACCUCCAAGCCAUCUAGAUCUAACAAUAUACAAGUCUGAAGGAGAAGCACUAGUGAACCAUUCUGCUGCAGGAGGAGACAUGCUUACAAUGGCCAUCAAGAUACAGCUUGAUGACAGCAUUCUCAAUCUUAAGACAUUCCGAGUAGCAGCAGGUCUUCGUGGGGCCACAUUAAGGCACCGAAUGUGUGCUAGUAGUACAAGCUGGUUCACACAGUUUGUGGACUUCUUUGAUGUCAGAGAUUACCCAGUUGCAGGAUAUGAUCCUCCUGGAGUUAUAACUGAGUUGCACAUGCAUCUCUGGGACUGUGCAGUUGAUUACAGACCACUGUAUCUACCACUUAAGUCAAUGAUCACAGUUGGUAGCUUCAGCAUUUCAAGCAACAUAGCAGCACAAACUAGCACAUCAACCUUACGUUUCAUUGCUGAAGAUUCGGCACUUUAUAUAUCUAAUAAGACCAGUUUGAAUCAGCAGCAACAAAAUAGUCCAGUGGAUUUGCGUAAUGAUUAUGUCUGUGUCCUUGAUAUGGGACUAUUUGAAUUGUCUUUGCGCCUGAGUGACAAAGGAUCAGGUGGUCCUCGUAUCGAUCUCCGUGCUUCCAACAAUAUGCUACACAUACACACAUGUGCUGAUACAGCCAAGGCAUUGGCUGAGCUCCUUACAUACUUUGCAUCAGAUGGUGAUCUGAGACCAAUUGGAACUGAAACUGAUGUAGAGACUGGUCCUGAAAGCAUCAGUGUGCAGAAUCAUAGUAAUGCUGAUCAAGUACUAAUAAACACUGGAGAUUUAACAACUACGAGGCAAGAACCUGGAUCAGACACCUUGUCUAAAUCACAAGUGGCUCAUGUGCAUAACAUGAUGGAAGAAGCAAUGAGGGAAACACUGUCUCCUGAUACUGGGCUUAAGUCAAGAUCACCACGUUCUCAGAGAAACAAAAAAGAUGUGGAGGUCUUUUUUUUCCCUGAUGAGAAUCAACCAAUUCCCAUAAAGCCCUCGGGUGAUUCAGAACUAUCUCAAGAGGAAGAUGACAACUGGGAGGAUGAAUUCUGUAUUCUGGAUAAAGAGGCUGGAUCAGGAUUCCUGCCUCGUAAUGGUUUGCCAGAAGUAAGAAUGCUGAUACAAGAACCAGUGAGAAUAAUAGACAACCAUUUCUCUGUUCCACUGGGAAAAACUGAUCUCCUGAAAGCACCAAAACAUUUUCCUGCUGCUGUUCUUCGCUAUACACUAAGAGAAAUGAGUGUUGUAUGGCAUAUGUAUGGUGGACAAGAUUUUGCAGUGCCUGAUUCUUCACAAACCACUAAGAAGCAAGUCAAGAUAGAUGAAAAUUACAGGGUAGAAUGCAAAAGUUGCCCAUCCUCACCUCCUUUCACCACUCAUCACGUAGUUAGAUCCCCAAGUGAAAUUCGACUGGGAGUCACAGGUAGUGGUGUUUCUUUCUCAAAAGCCAGUCCUACAGAAGUGAAGUUCAUCAGCAAAACUCCAGUUCUUGGUAGCCCUAAAUCUAGUCCACAUAUGACCUGGCAGACACGUGGUGGACCAGGUCGACGCCAUGAUGUCCUGAUGGAGCUCCAGCUAAACAAGGUCCGUUUUCAACAUGAAGUGUAUCCUGAUACAACCACAGAAGCAUCCCGCCAGGUUCUUUUAAUUAAUGAACUGGAAUUAAGAGACCGUCUUGCUUCUUCACAAAUAAACAAGUUUCUCUAUCAAUAUUCUAGUGAAACAAGGCCAAAGCAAUCACAUGCAAACAUGGUUGUUGUGAAAGCAGUUCAUUUACGACCUGAUCCAAAGCUAAAGGUGCAAGAAUGCUGCCUCAAAGUAUCAGUCCUACCUCUGAAGUUGAAUAUUGACCAAGAUUCAUUGGUGUUCCUUUUUAAUUUCUUUACUGAUAUAUCAGGAGGUGUGAAAAUUGAAGAUGAUGGAAGUCAGGGGCAUACACCCAGACACAGCACUCCGACACACCAGGCACCUGUGAUGACUGUGAAUGUUGAAGGUAGCAGUGCUGAGCCAAAGCCAGAGCCUCAGGCCCCACUUAUACAACUUGAAGAUGAACCAGGAAGAUAUCUGUCAGAGAAAGUGGUCUCUGUAAAUCCCAGCUUUGCUAUAGAUAACAGGCCCCCACCUCCACCAAUAUUCUUCCGGAGUUUUACAUUCACACCAGAAGUCCCCAUUCGUCUUGAUUACCAUGGGAAACAUGUUGACAUGACACAUGGCCCUCUUGCGGGACUUCUGAUGGGAUUAGGCCAGCUUAAUUCUUCAGAACUGCGAUUGAAAAGGAUAUCUUACAGACAUGGACUGCUUGGAUUUGACAAGCUGCUGGCAUUUGUUUUAUCAGAAUGGUUGCAAGACAUAAAGAAGAACCAGCUUCCAAGUUUGUUAGGUGGUGUUGGACCAAUGCAUGCUCUUGUUCAGCUAUUUCAAGGGAUAAGAGAUCUGUUUUGGUUGCCAAUUGAACAAUACCAAAAAGAUGGUAGAAUUGUUCGAGGUUUACAGCGGGGAGCAAAUUCCUUUACGACUUCUACAGCAAUGGCAGCACUUGAAUUAACAAAUAGGAUUGUUCAGGCAAUUCAGAGCACUGCAGAAAUGGCUUAUGACAUGCUUUCACCAGGACCAAGUGUUCGACGACGUCACAAGGGUACUAAAGGAAAGCGAAAAAGAUACAGUCAACCUGCAGACAUUAGAGAAGGGAUGGCAAAUGCUAUAGUGCUUGUUAGAGAGGGAUUAGGUGAGACUGCUCAAAAUAUUGUAAGAGUUGCUAGUGAAGAACAUGAACAAAAGGGUAUGUCAGGAGCUGUAGGUGGUGUACUACGGCAGAUUCCUCCAACUGUUGUUAAACCCAUCAUUUUGGUUACUGAAGCAACAGCAAAUGUUUUGGGUGGAAUGCGAAGUCAGCUAGCACCUGAUGCACGCAAGGAGGCUGUUGAAAAAUGGCGAAGUGAUGACUAAGUUUAAGGCUGAGAGCACUGUGGACAUCAUCCAUGCUGGAUCUACCAUAGCAGUGUCUUCUUUGUAUGACUGAUCAUAUAUUUAAGAUAUGUGCAUUAUUUUUAUAAAAAAUCUUUCAUUUGUGUAUAAUUAUUUCUUACAUAAAGUUUGUACAAUAAUAAAAACUGAAAAAUUGAAUAUCAUUUUGUUUGUGAUCAAAUAUGUGGUUUGUUAAUUCUGUAACUCAGGCACAAUACCCUGUUUUGGGUUUCCUAAACCUUAAAAUUGUGGGAUAUUUCUUUUACUUAAAUGCUAAGAAACAUGCAAGUCGUCACGUUGAUUCCCAUACACUGUUGAUAAUCAUUUGUAUAAACAUUUUUAUAUGUGUUAUAACCAUUUCUUGUCUACUUUCUUCCUUGAUGCUGUUUUUUGCCUGUUAUAUGUGUUAGUAUCAUAUAGUCAUUGCUAUCUUUAAAAUCUCUCUCAAAAAAUUUGUUUAAAUGUGUGGCAUAUUGUUUGAUAAAGGAGGUCAGUUUUAAUAAGACAAUAUUUUUGAUCAAAGUGGUUAUGCCAGUGCAGUUUUACCCUUUGUAGGUGGAGUACAAUGAAUGCAGUCAGUAUCAUUCUUGGUCAUUGCAAAGAGAAUUACAGUUUAUUGUGAACAUCGGAAGUACAUAUUAGAAACUUACUACAUUGUCACUGUUCACACCAGUGGUGAUGUGACUUUUUACUGGAAUGAUACUUAUCAAAAGUUACAGAGUUUGCCUUUAUAAAUAAAUAUUUUGUAAUCAACAAUUGAAAAAACAUUGGUUUUAAGUAUGCAAUACAGCUGUAUAUUGUUGGAGUACCAAAACAGAAAAUUUGAAAAUUAUUUUGUGUUCCACUUUUGAAAGUGUGACACCAAGGUGUCCAUGGUAUACAAAUGGCUUAAUCAUCAUCAGUCUUGUAAUCUUGGUAUUGAUUUAAUCAUUUAUAUUAUAAUACCAUUUUAACAAAAAUUUGUGUAUCUGCUUCAAAUUUAGCUUCCUAACCAUUUCAGAGCCAGUGACUGUGCCAUUUUAUCUACAUAACUGUGUGCCCCAUGUAAAAGCUAUGUACAGGUUAAAUUUCAUUUUUUAUAUACGACAGAAACUAAUUAAAAGAAAUAUAGAUAAUGACAGAGAGAGGCAGUAAAGAUACCACGGUCACUAAAGUUACUUAUUGGAGCUGAUGUCAUUUUUAUAUGGAGAGAUGUGGGCAUUUCAAUGAAGUUCUAGAUUAAAUACUGAUACCAAGAAAAUACUUUCAUGUGAUAUUGUUAUUUUAUAUGAUUUAAUUGUUUUCAUGGUGUACCCUUUAAAUACAGCAGAAAAACUUGUGGCUUAGCAAAUGGCAGAGUAUUCGUUAAUGUGCACAUUCUAAAAAUCAGUUUUGAAGGAACUCUAUUCACAGAAAAGAAUAUUAUCUUUCAGAAAAUUAUCUGCAAUGCCAUCAUAAAUGUCACCUUUGAAAAAAUGUCAUUUCUCCAGUUGGCUAUCAAUGAGUAAAAUAUUUUAGAUUUAGUUCAUGGCCAGCAUUACACUAGUGUUAGAUACUGCCUACCUCUUUGCCACUGACUGCAAAGUCACAGUUAUCUGAGAUUCACGUGUUCCUAGUAGAGUGUAACGAAUGUUGGAUUGCUUGCAACACAUAUCUGGAAUAGUUAUUACAUUGCCUAUAUUUUGAGUUUCGAAUUCAAUUUGUUUUUGUUUUUUGUUGACAUGUUUUUGUUAUCAUUUAUAUUUUGGCCCUUGAAAAUAAUAUUAACUUCACAUACCAUAGUACUAGAUAAUAAAUUAUAUUCACAUGUAGCUUGGAGCAGAACCAAACAACAGCUCUAAACUGAGUAAUUGAUUUUGUCAUGAGUUAUGUAUUGCAUCCCCAUAGUGUGUUUCUUCUCAUACAGGGAACAUGGACAACUAUGUAUAUGUUAAAAACAUGUGGUGUAAAAAAAUUUCUUGGUUUCUGUUGUUGCCUACCAGAGUACUUAAACACUCAUUUAAACUGUUUGUAUGUGAAACGGUAAACAGAGUCAAAUACUGGACAGGUAAAAUAUAAUAAUUUGAUGUCUCAGUGUACAUCCUGCCUAUUUCACUAUUCUGUCACCUUUUUAUAUGUAUUCAUUGGUUUCAUAUACUGACAUGAAAGCAUAUGUGUGUCCUGGUUUAUAGUAUAUAAUGUUCUAUAUAAAGCAGUCAUUUUUAUUUUGUUUGAUUUCUCAGGAAACUAAUAAUACAAGAAGUCAUUAUUAAAAAUACUGUAUGAGGACUGACAGAUCACAACAUUGCCGUUUAGUGUAGGGUUCUAACUGAACCUAUGGCUGCAGUGAAUCAGAAUUGCUUAAGUUUUUCAUCUUUCCUUCGUAAAAUCUGGCGUAAGUUUCCUACCUGCUUGAAAGUCAGUCAGUUUGUUGUCUGUGAGUUACUGACAGAUUUACUUUUGUUUUUCUAGGGUGUAAUCACACUUCUUGGCUUCCGGGUGGUAACAAUAGAGCAAAUUGUUAUCGUAUUUUGUAGAGUUUGAAUGUAUACUUCCAUAAUUUUAUUACUUAUAACCUGACAUAUAUCUUGUUAGAAUGAAGCGUGCAUGAACUCAUUAAAAUGUUCUGUAUGGUUGUGUCUGUGUCCAGCGUUUUUGUGCCUUGUCAGUAUUUCGACUGCAUCAUCUUCAGAAAUAAUAACACUUACUUGAUUCAAUCACCUCUCAUCGUAUCUGGUGCUAUGAAACACAUUCACUUUCAUUUCUCAGUUCUUCAAUUCAUUCAUGAUAUUAUGUCACAAGCUGCUGACAUGAAGACCUUUUCUGUUCUACAGAUUUUGUAUUUCCCUAAAUAUCUAGGUACAUGGCGAAUAUCAUUGGAUUGAGGAUACAUCCUUGCCAAACUUAUUGGCUUCUGACAAACUAAUCUGAUCUCUGAUUUCCUAUAUCUACUUUUAUUGUAAGAAGAACUGCACCGUUCAUGACCAAACCCACAUUUGUCACAUGUUCUGCUCUAGGAGCUCUUGUAAUACUCGCCUUUAAGACAAAAAGGCCUGCUUAUUCUUGUGGCCAAACUAUACUUUCCAGCAUUGGUUUUGGAUCUGAACAUGAUCUGUACACUAGGUCAAAACCAGUAAUCAAAGUAUAAAUAAAAAUAUACUGAGUGAUCCAGGUAGUGUUUUUUCAUUAUAUCAAACAGAGUUUUGAAUCUGAAGAUGAUCUGUACGCUAGGUCAAAACCAGUAAUCGAAGUAAAAAUAAAAAUGUACUGAGUGAUCCAGAUGGUGUUUUUUCAUUGUUAAACAGACAGGGGGCAGGAUUUUGUUUUCUUCUAAUAAUUUUUCACUUCUCAUCCUAUUGUAUAAAUUUAGUGUUACUCAAGCUUUGUUCAAACCCACACACUUUUGCACACAUUUGCGUUAUGUACAAAAAAAGUGCUUUGCACCCUGUUGUUGAAAUCAACAUUACAAAAUUUUAUUAAACAUAAAUGUCCCAUAUUGUACUGUUUUGGCUUUGUGAAUCUGAGUAACUCCAUGCCAUGAUUUAUCCAUGUUUUUUUCUUAUAAUAUAUUCUUUUAUAUUACGAUUUAUCUGAUUUUGAUAGACUUCAAUGCUUUAGAUAUAAUAUUUAUAUUAAACUCCCCAUUUGAAGUACUCUUAUAAGGCUACUGUUGUUUAUGUAAAAUUUUAUUACUGUCUGUAAUAAUAUUUAUGUAACACAGCAUGAUUAAUAUUUUGUAAUUGUUUGUAUAAAGUAUACAUAAAGAUGUAAUGAAAAGCUAUUUAAUUCACAGACAUGUCUAUACUGAUGUGUCCUGUGUCUUAAAUGUAAAAUACAUGUGUACAUGAUACGUUA